AUUUCCGUGGAGAACAGGAAGUUGGUUGAUAUCAGACUGAGACGGAGAGAAAUAAACACGAUCGAAAAGUGGAUAAAACUAAGUUUAAAAUGAGAACAGGAUCAGUUUUACAUUCAACAUGUUCCUGCUGGUGUUUGUAGUUCUUCUGGGGACAGUAGUGACGGUAAACAGCGAGAAACAUUCCCUCACGUACAUCUACACGGCCCUCUCCAAACCUGUGGGACUCGAGGGCAUCCACGAGUUCACAGCCAUGGGUCUGCUGGACGGCAAGAUGAUCGACUACUACGACAGUGAGCAUCAGACCAAAGUUCCCAAACAGCUCUGGAUGGAAGAGCGACUUUCUAAAGAGUACUGGGACAAAGGAACACAGUCCCGCCGGAGCAAGCAGCAGUGGUUCAAGGUCAACAUCGACAUCCUGAUGAAACGGAUGAGACAGAAUGACACCGACGUCCAUGUUCUCCAGUGGAUGCACGGCUGUGAAGGUGUGGAAGGACCUGACGGCUCUCUACAGUUCCAGCGUGGUAUGGACAUGUACAACUAUGAUGGAAAAGACUUCCUGUCCUUCGAUGAUGCCAACGCAGUCUGGGUCGCCCCGACUGAUGCAGCUGUCCCCACCAAGAGGAAGUGGGACGAUGUCCAGGUCCUGAAAGAAUACACCAAAGGCUACCUGGAGAACGAGUGCAUGGACUGGCUCGGGAAGUUCAGGAGUUACGGCGAAAAUCAGACAAGAAAAGCCUCUCCUCCUGAAGUGUUUGUGUUUGCGAGAAACGCCAAAGUUGAGACCAACGUCGUUUUGAUGUGCCUGGCCACAGGCUUCUACCCAAAAGACAUCGUCCUCAAUAUCAAGAGAAACGGUCGUAUUCUAACCAGAGAGGACGGAGUGGUGACCUCAGGAGUUCGUCCAAAUGAAGACGACACCUUCCAGAGAAGAGACUAUGUGGAGAUUAAAAGAUCAGACAAGUCUGAUUACAGCUGUGAAGUCAUUCAUGCUGCAUCUGGUAUGAAUGUGAAGAAUUCCUGGGAUGUGUUUCCUCCCAGCUCUGAGGGGUUUCCUCUAACUGGGGUUGUGGUGAGGACUUCUGUUGUGGUCGGCCUCGUGAUCGUCAGCGCACUCCUUCUGAUAUUUUGCAAGAGAAAGACGACCAUUAAUGAACCAGAAGACCUCAGCCUCAACUACGAUGAUGUUCUGUGAAGUUAAACCUCCAAG